AUGGCUUUUGCCAGCUAUGCUGCACUGCUCAGGUCUCUGCUUUUGGUGCUGGUUUUAGCACUCGCUGUAAGGAGCUCGCCCCAUGGGAAGGUCGUUCAUCCUCGACCCAGGAAGGUUGGUGGCUCUGAGAGGCUGAGUGAAGACUGCCCGAACCAAAAGGAUCCCAACUUCCCGACGAUGGUGAAAGUUGACAUUCGCAUUGGCAGCUCUGAUCCUGCCUCCAGGAUGGUCCAUGACAUCAGGAACCGGUCUCUCAGUCCUUGGAAUUACAGGCUCGAUGAGGACCCUGACCGCUUCCCCCGGGUGAUAGCUGAUGCUGAGUGCCGCCUCUUGGGCUGCUUGAACUCACUGGGGCAAGAGGACCGCAGCCUCAACUCCAUCCCCAUCACACAGGAGAUCCUCGUCCUCCGGAGGGAGCAGCGGGGCUGCCAGCCCACCUACCGCCUGGAGAAGAAGCUGAUCACCGUGGGCUGCACGUGUGCUGCUCCAGUCAUCCAGCACCAGUCCUAG